AUGGAUUUAGAAAGAAUUGACGCGAACGCAAAAGAAGGUGGAUUUUUACCUCUCCUUCCUUUAAUAUUUGCUGGUAUUACAGCGGCGGGUGUAGCUACUGGAGGAAUAUCUGCCGCAGUCAAAGCUGACAACGCAAAGAAAGCUGAAGCCACUGCAAACGCCGAAGCACGUAGACACAAUUUAGCAAUGGAAAAGGAGGCACGAGGUUCAAGAGUGGGAGAAAUGAUAGGCACAAUAAAAGAAUUUGGAAAAAGAUUUGGGGAAGAAACCAAGAAAACUGUUAAACAAGGAUUAAAUAAAUUAGUAGAUAGUAUUGACACGGGUGAAGUCAAAGUCAAACAUAAAAAAAUAUUUCCUAAUAACCCAAUGCUCAUGUGUAUAUGCGGUAGUUCCGGUUCUGGGAAAACUCAUCUCACUUUUAACAUGUUGACAACACCAAACCUUUUAGAUUUCGAUUCUCUGUAUAUCUACACAACAACAUCAGAGUAA